CCCCAAACUACUUGAUGUUUCUACUUGGGCUUGCUCUGUGUCCUCUCAUUCUCUCUUCUUUCUUUGCUUCUUGUUAGCCCUUACUCACCUCACUUCAACCCAGCCGAGCAAAACCAAGAGCGCAAGUGUUCGGUACAAACACAGGGACACUAUGAUUAAGCACAGGGCUCAGAAAACUCCCCCUGGGCAGCACAGGCACUGUGAGAAAUGCUUCAGCCGGCACUGCCGCGCGCCGAUCGAGCCCUCCGUCUCCUGCAUGGUGAUCAGCUGCCGCUUUCACUGCGGAGCCACCUUCCACAUGUGCAAGGAGGAGGAGCACCAACUGCUCUGCCCCUUGGAGCAGGUGCCCUGCCUCAACUCAGACUAUGGCUGUCCUUUUUCCAUGGCCCGCUUUAAGCUGGCAAAGCACCUGCAGGUCUGUCCAGCCAGCGUUGUCUGCUGCUCGAUGGAGUGGAAUCGCUGGCCAAACGUGGAUUCAGACACCACCCUCCACAAGAACAUUAUGAAGGAGACCUUGAGUGAGGAGUGUCUGGACACGGCGUUGGCACUCAGAGACCAGAAGAUACUUUUCAGGAGUUUGAGAGUAGCCGACUUGUUUCCAGAGUGGAGGAAAAAGGAUGAGGUGGAAGAGCUAAUGGAUGAAGCCAUGGGUGGGGAAGAAGGUGCUGUGGGAGGAUUGGCCUGCAGUUCCCAAGAGGGCAAUGACCAGGCAUCUGAGCUCAGCCAACGUGAGCGUGAAGAUUUGGCAAAGGACAAGGAAGGAAUGGAUCUGGGGAGUUACAAAACCUGGGAGAACAUUUUCAGCAAAGAGCUCUUGGCUUGCAAGGUAACGGGCUCAGCAGCUGGCACGGGAAAAAAUAUGGAGGAGGCUUCCAAGAAAACAGCAUCAGGACCUUGUGCUGCCAGCUCUGCAGAGAAGGCAAAGGAAACGCCUGGUAAUGCAGAAGAAGGAAAAGACCAAAAGUCUGAACAAGUAACUCCAAAUAAAGAAAUGACAGGGCUGGCUCCUUGGCAAGAAGGGGUCCUGGAGAGGCUGAAGAAAGAAGUUGGUGUAGCCGAUUACAACAUGUAUCUGGUACAUCAUGGGGGAAUGCUCAUCCGCUUUGGCCAGCUAGCUGCUUGCACUCCGAAAGAAAAAGACUUUGUGUAUGGGAACUUGGAAGCUCAGGAGGUGAAGACUGUCUACACCUUCAAAGUGCCAGUUAGUUACUGUGGCAAAAGAGCACGACUAGGAGAUGCACUGGGACACAAGAUGCCAACUUCAGACAAGUCGGUGGAUACCUCGGAAUUGGGAAUAAGCCCAGAAGAACUGCCUACGGCAAAUAUAGUUAAAGCCACACUGCUGUGUGCAUUGGAAAAAGAACUGAAAGGGCAUGAGAUCUCCGAAGCAAGGGGUAUCGAUGGACUGUUUGUGGACUUUGCAACACAGACUUACAGCUUUCCUCUGGAGCCUUUCUCCUCCAAUGCUGUUCUAGCAGAUGUUCUGGAUGAAAAAAGCCAACCAGAACUCCACGUGGAACUGUACACUGAAUGUGUAACCAGAAGACACAACAAAAGCAGUUCAGCUUUCACAUUCACUUGCAGUCAUUUCUUCAGGAGGGACGAGUUUGCAUCCCACUUCAAGAAUGUGCAUGCUGAUAUCCAGUCAUGUCUGGAUGGAUGGUUUCAGCAUCGCUGUCCGCUGGCCUACUUGGGAUGUACUUUUGUUCAAAAUCACUUCCGCCCUGAUGGACAUAAGGCCAAGGUUAUAUACAGCAAGCCUCUCAAGACAUUUGCUAUUAAACCAGAGGUUGACACCCUCCUUGCUGAGUCAGGGAAAUGCAGUUACACAGUGGACAAUCGAGGGAGAAACAAGGAUUUGCUGAGCAGCCUCCCACUGGAAGUGCUGAAGUACAUUGCUGGGUUCCUGGACAGCUUCAGUUUAUCUCAGCUAUCACAAGUGUCAGUGCUGAUGCGGGACAUCUGUGCCACUCUGCUUCAAGAGAGGGGAAUGGUCCUGCUGGUCUGGGAGAAAAAAAGAUAUUCCCAUGGUGGUACUUCAUGGAAAGCUCGCAGAAAGACUUGGCAGUUCAGCAGCCUCUUCUCCCGAGUUAGCAGGUGGCAGCACAGCGAGGUGGCGUGCAUGUCAGAGCACCUGAAGAAGUGCCCGUUCUACGAAGUGGAGCACAAGACAGACCCUGUGCUGCUGACCGGCAUGUGCGAGGCUCGAGAGCCCGUUCAAAAGACUUUGGUUUCCACCUUCAGGCGCAAGGUCUGAGCAACCAGCUUCUCCUCUGACCUGCUCCUUUCAGUGCCCUUUAAAAGAAGAUCUGGGAAGCUGGAUGUAAAGGCAGUUGCUUCUAACUCUCAUUUGGAAGGACAAAACUGGCAUCUCCCCAGCUGCACUUGGAACAUCCUGCUUCUUUUUUUUUUUUUCCUCCCUGCAUUAUUUUAAUAGUUAAAACUUCAUCCAAAGAGUUCUGGCACGCUGCUCACUGAUGUCUUGUGCUUUCUGUUUAUUCUUCUGUUCUCUGCACCCUGAAGAAAGCAGUAAGGAUAUUGUUUGAACAUAGCAUCUUUGCAUCCUCGAAGACAGGCUGCUGCACCUAACUCCAUGUCCCUGAGAGAAGCAAGAGCAGCUAGUACACCUAGCUUGAAUAUAUAAAAAACUUCUUAAUUGUGGCUGGAAAGCUGAGCUCUGGGAGCGCAGACAGAUGCCCUCUCACCUGGCAGACCUAAAGAUUUCUAAUGUCUCUGGGGACAUGGGCAAGGAAAGACAUCCCCAAAAUUGCACUCAAUUAAUUAAAACUCCAGUGAAGACUCAGGAUAGCACCACACAACCACAAGCCAUCCUUUAGGCAACACAAGCUUAAAGCUGAGCUCGUGGCAACGUCAAAACCAAACCAAAGCAAAUAAACUUGCUUUGUUGGAAAUAACCAGGCAGCAAACCUGGUUGUUUAGGGGCUCAAUUGAUUUUUACAUUUUUCAGUUAAUGAUUUUUUGUGUGUUCUGUUUUAAAGCCAUUAAAGCCAUCAAAAAUACUUGAAGACACUUUCAGAAUGCCUCAGCUACUCAGUUUUGCAACUAUAAAUUGCAAAUUGUAAUCAUAAACAAUUUGUCAAAGAAAGUUGUUUUAUUUUCUGUAGAAGAAAAGAUGUUCAGCAACCCAUUCAUCAAUGGUGUGAAUAAUGUUUGCUUCAAUUAAAUGAUCUGGAGUAUAAAGAUUUUUUUUUCUUAUAGGGCAGAAAAGUGAUUAGGAUUUGGUUGACUUUUUUAAUAAGUACACUAAUUUAAAAAUAAAAUGUGUUUGUUUAGACAACAAAUGAGGCUGGUGAGGUGAAAAUGGGCAUUGAUGAAUGGAGAUAUGCUGCACUUGUGAAUUCCUGGUUUUGAUGCAGAUGCAGGAUAAGGCUGGCCACACAAAGAGCCUUCUCUUAUUGAUGGAUGCUGCCAUUCAUAAUUGCUGAUGAACCUGAGCUGGGCGCUGCGUACUGAAGGCAUGAGCUGCACUGUACUUGCAGCUCAAAUGGUCUCCUUGAGAUUUUACCAUAUAAGGAUGAUUUCUUCACCAGAAACAUGCCCUCAGGAUAACAUAAUCUGAGCUGUGGGGAUGGUGGGUUGGUCCUGACAUCAGGAGCAAGAGUAGCAGUAGUGACAGAUUCUUAUUUUUUAUUUUUAAAUCCAUUUUCUUCCUUUAGAGAUCUUUUUUAGGAAGGUUCAUCAUGCUUCACCCAUAAACCUGUCUGCACAGGUGUCCUGUGGAAAAUACAAGUAGCACCCCAAUUUUAUGCAACAGAAGCAAACGCAGGGGAUGUGAGCUGGGCCAAGUGCAGCUAAAGUCAGAUGCUCUGUUCCUUUGCCUUGUGCCUUAACCACCUUGCAAAAGCAAACUGGCCAUCCUUUAAAGUUGCUUACAAAAAUACACCUGUCCUCAAAUCAUCCAUGAUACUCAUCCUGUCUUCAAAACCCAUGAAACAGGUCACCCAGUAUUAUUGCUCUCUGUUUUAAGCAGGCAAGUUGUCAGAGCUGAGAACACGCAGUUAUCCAGCUUUCUUGGCUGCCAUUGCGUCCUCCUCCUCCUCCACGUGUCAUGUGCCUCAUCUUGAAAGAAGCUGAGCACCAAACUGUAGACCACAGCUGUCCAAGAAUCAGGUGCCAGCAUCUAUGCUUGGUGCUUAAAAAUAGAGGCAGUCAAAAUUAUGGACAGUUUGGAGAGGAAAAAAAAAAAAAAAAAAGAAAGAAAGAAAAAGACCCUUAAAUGAUAGCACCUGAGAGUAAGUCAGUGUUCAUGGCUGGUAUAAGAGACCACUAAAAAGUUAGUCCAACCUAUGAACCAUCUGAUCAGCCACUUAGCUUCCAUGGUAUAGUGGUUUAUGGUAGGUGUGAAUCAGGCUCAUUUCACCUCCAGCAUUGCUGCUAUUCUGGUUCUGGCCUACUUCUGUCAUUGCCAGCGGGUUUUGUUCUUUUAUCUCCCUUUUCCUGGAGAUCUCAUGAUUUAAAUUCCAGCCUCGCUGCCACUGGCCUUGCUUCUUCCCUAGCCACGAGGUGCCAGCAUCAGGUACAGAGGAUGCAACCUCAGCCAAUGUGAGAUAGCUAAAGGUGUGGGUUAGAGAUAGGGAUGCUGCAACUUCUGCCUCUUGGGGUAUAGAUACAACAUCUAGGAAACUAGAUAUGGAUCAUUUUCUUUCUAGUACUACUACAGGAUACACUGGAGACACACAAGGUGUUAAUUCACAGAGAAACAGACAAAUUCGCCCCCAUGAAUACACAUGUAUAUUUCUGUAAGCAGUAAAUUUGAUUGAGUCGACAAGAUUCAUUUACAAUCUUGCCUUAAGCAUAUAUGGUGCAAGCUGAAAUCCACAGUGAUCUCCAGGUUAGCCUGGUUAAUCCAACCCUAGGAGAGGGAAGACAGAACAAGGAGGUGGAGGUCACUUCCAGAACAGCAAGUACCCACCUAGCAAAUGCCAGCUGGUAACCACUUCAUACUUUACCUCUCAUUUAACACGGGAGGAGAGCUGUGGGCUGGUGUCAGAUGCAGUCUGUUUAAUCAGAGGAGGCAUGCCAAACUAGCUCAGUGUUGAUGGUCCCACUCAUUAGCAGAGUCAGCAGAAGCUUUUGGGGAGCUGCAAGGAACAGAAUUUGCCUGAGCAUUGCGUGAGCAUAAUGCUGGCUUAGUGUAAAAAGAGAGGCUAUGGUUUGGAUUCAGCAAGUCCUUAGGCUCCUAACUUAAGCUUGUAGCUUGACUGAUGGAAAGUUCAGAUAAAUAAGGCUGACAGAUUUUGUGGUGUUUCCUCUCGUUGGAAGAAUUGGAACUGAAA